CCUCCGCCCAUGUGACAGCUGAACCAGUGGCGAGUUCGCUGAGGUGAGUUGUGAACAUAGGUUGUGAGCGGUUGUGAGUGACAGACAACAUAACCUGCAUUUGGGCCGAAAAUCUGCCUGAAGACAUGCGGGUGGCAGUGAUUGGAGCUGGAGUCAUCGGCCUGGCAACAGCUCAGAGCAUCUAUGAGCAGUAUCACUCCAUCGUCAGUCCACUGACCAUUGAGGUGUAUGCAGACUGUUUCACUCCACUGACCACUAGUGAUGGGGCUGCUGGCUUAUGGCAGCCAUAUCUCUACAAUAAGGGCAACGUCCAGGAGACAGAAUGGAAUAAACAGACAUUUGACUACUUGCUGAGCUGCCUCAGUUCACCAGAGUCCAUACAAAUGGGUAUAUUCCUUCAGUCUGGCUACAACCUCUGUACUGAACCCGCCCCAGAUCCCUCAUUUAAAGAUAUUGUCCUGGGCUUCAGACAGCUCACAGAGCGAGAACUGCAGAUGUUCCCCGGAUACAAUCAUGGAUGGUUCAACACUGCUCUCAUGGUGGAAGGUAAAGCAUACUUACCUUGGCUGAUGGAUUGGCUGCAAAAAAGGGGUGUGACAUUUUAUCACAGGAAAAUAAAGUCCUUUAAGGAGCUGGCAGAAACUGGUGCAGAUGUGAUAAUAAACUGCACUGGGGUGAGAUCAGGAGAGCUCCAGCCGGACCCUGAGCUCAAACCAGGCCGGGGUCAGAUAGUAAAGGUGGAUGCUCCGUGGCUGAAGCAUUGGAUUAUUACCCACAGUUCAACAGAAAGUGUCUACAAUUCACCAUACAUCAUUCCAGGGAGUCGUCUCGUGACAGUCGGUGGGAUUUUCCAGUUAGAAAACUGGAGUGAACAGAACAACUCUACUGACCAUAAGAAAAUCUGGGAAAGCGCUUGCCAGCUCGAGCCAAGUCUCAAGCAUGCUAGGAUAGUGGAGGACUGGGCCGGCCUCAGGCCUGUUCGGAGCAAAGUCCGCCUGGAAAGGGAGACCAUACAGUCUGGUGCAACUACAAUUGAGGUGAUACACAACUACGGCCAUGGAGGUUUCGGACUCACCAUUCACCGAGGCUGCGCCCAGGAAGCAGCGAGGCUCUUCGGUCAGAUUGUGGAAAAAGGCAAAGGUCCAAAAGCUCGCUUGUAAAUUUGUGUCCAUCAGUAGUGAUUGGUGCACUUCGAAUUUCAAUGUCGGUGCCUUGUAUCCUAAACUGCACAAACUGUUCUUGUCUAUAACUAACAUUCACAUCAAACAGAUAUUCAGUAUAAUAUGCCUUUGUGGUAAUUACAUCACUUUAAAACAAUGUAAUGUUUGUAUUUUAUAUGUAACUUUAAAGAGGAGACACGCCUGUCGUUGUCACCGUCCAUUAUUAAUUAACAAAUGGCUCAUUCACAUGUAAUCAUACUUAUUUCUGUGGGAAUUUGGGUAAUUUAAAGAAGUAUAUAAAGUGUACAUACCUUUUGAAAAUGUACUCAACUAAUGUGGAAAAAGUAGACAAACUUUUACUAUUGAUAAUCAUCAUAACUGACUCAAAUCACACUGUUGAGCAAUAAAUAACAUGUCAUCACA